AUAUUUUUAGGCCUGUGAUUAUUGAUUGCGUGUAUCUGAUCGGAAUACAGCUCAAAAUCGAGUUAAAAAAAAUCUGAAAUUUUCCGUAGGCGUGAAGUGCAGACAUAUUAGAUUCAAUUGCAAAUAUUAUACUGAAAAUUGUAUCAUACCAAAUCUUUUAUCGGGGCAUAAAUCUGUUUCGUUAUUUAUACAGUGAAAUGGCUAAUCUGUGCAAAUAUUAUAUGUUGUUUACAAAUUCCCGUAAAAUCUUCCUGAACACAUAAUUUCUUCAGUAAAUUCAUCCCUUGGAAACCGAUUACAAUGGCUUGCUAAAAUAUUGUUUAAGUGCAAUGUGCUAAAUUUGGAUAUUAUAGUACUGUUCAUAUAAAUCAUCACCAUGGACGACGACGGAGACGAUAAAGAUGAUACCAAAAGGAGGACCCGUAACUUGAGUGAAAAGAAACGUCGAGAUCAAUUCAACAUGCUUGUGAAUGAGCUAGGUGCAAUGGUGUCGACGAAUAAUAGAAAAAUGGACAAGUCAACUGUUCUAAAAUCCACAAUUUCAUUUUUAAAAAACCAUAAUGAAAUAACCGUAAGGUCUCGCGCUCAUGAUGUCCAAGAGGAUUGGAAACCUGCAUUUUUAUCAAAUGAGGAAUUCACAUAUCUUGUGCUGGAAGCCUUGGAGGGCUUUGUUAUGGUUUUCUCCGCAACUGGACGAAUAUACUAUGUAUCUGAAGGAAUAACUUCAUUACUUGGUCAUAAUCCGAGUGAUAUUCUGAAUACUACAAUAUUUGAUCUAACAUAUGAAGAUGACCGACCAAAUUUGUUCAAUCUUCUACAGAAUUCAGGGCCGGCUUUGGAUCCAAAUCAGCCAAUAACAGUUGAGAAUGAGAUCAAGUUCCAAUGCCAUUUACAACGUGGCACAUUGGAUUUCCGGGAUGAGAUUACAUAUGAGCUUGUCGAGUUCAACGGUCAUUUUCGUGCCAAUAUGAAGCAAAUAGAUGGCGACGACAUAUACCAACUGGAUCCAGACUCUAGAUUGCUGUUCGUAUGUACGGGGAGGUUAUGCACACCUCAAUUGAUCCGCGAUGUGUCAUUAGUUGACUCCAGCCGCAACGAGUUUACUUCGCGGCACAGCCUUGAAUGGAAGUUCCUGUUCCUAGACCAUCGCGCUCCGCCCAUCAUUGGCUAUUUACCGUUCGAGGUGCUGGGCACUUCGGGCUACGAUUAUUACCAUUUUGAUGAUUUGGAGAAGGUUGUCUCCUGCCAUGAAGCUUUAAUGCAAAAGGGCGAGUUGACGUCGUGCUACUACCGAUUCCUGACCAAGGGCCAGCAGUGGAUCUGGCUCCAGACACGGUUCUACAUUACAUAUCAUCAGUGGAAUUCUAAGCCAGAAUUCGUUAUGUGUACGCAUCGAGUUGUGAGUUAUGCUGACAUACAAAAGAGCACAAAGCAAGAAAUAACAGACAUGGAAAUUGCGGAACAACCGGAUACCAACCAAUCAGUCCUGAAAGAGGCGCCAGAAGACACCAUGGUGGCUAUGUCACCAUCCUAUAUGUCGGAGACGAGCGACGCUUAUGGAAACUCCUACCAUUCACUAUCACAGCCGGCGUCAGUGAAGUCGGCGUCGGCCGGCAGCACGAGCGGCACGGGCGCGCUGGCGGGCGGCGCGCUCACGGCGAGCACGUCGUGGUCGCGCGCGUCGCACACGCGCUACUCGGCCGGCUACGAGAACAGCAUGGUGUCGGCCGACUCGCGCUCCUCGCAGCGGUCCAGCUCGCGAGACCAGAGCAAGGAGGUACCCAGCCGGAUGGAGGCCCGCGAGGGCGACUUCCACGGGCGGCCGAUGUUCGCGCAGCACAAGGCCGCGGAGCCGGCGGUGGUGCCGCAGCACGGCAUCGGCGCGCAGUACCUCGAGCCGGCGCCGUACGUGGGCGUCACGGUGCCGGGCGUGCUGCCCAUCCUGCCGCCGCUGCCGGUCAUCGUGUCCUCCGACCAGGCGCAGAUACAGUGGCCGUGGCAGGAGCAGUUGCAGCGGAAGCACGAGGAGUUGCAGCAGAUGAUCGUACGCCAGCAGGAGGAGCUGCGGCAAGUGAAGGAGCAACUGCUGCUCGCCCGUCUAGGGAUGCUCCAACCGCUGAUCAAUGUGCAAAACCCGUACGCGCCGGAAGACGGGCAGCAGAGCCAGCGCAUCCCAGCACAAAUCAUGUACGAGGGUACGCCGAGCCGCAACGUGUCUUACCCGCCGCCGCACCAGCAGCCGCCGGGCCACUUGCCCCAUCCCGGCCAGCAACAUCACCAUAAUGAAUAAUCACCAUCAUCAUCAUCAUCAUCAUCAUCAUCAUCAUCAUCAUCAUCAUCAUCAUCAUCAUCACCAUCAUCACCAUCAUCAUCAUCAUCAUCGUCGUCGUCGUCGUCGUCAAGGUCAUCAAUAUUAGCCCCUUUUCACGGUCUGGAUAGAAGGCUAAGGGCUCAUGGGAGAUAUUAAAUGAAUUAGAUUAUUUUUUGCUAUCAUUGUUAAGACGGGUGAGGUGGUUAGAUUUUUGCCUAUUGAACUGUGUACUAUUUAUUACAAACAAUGUAUGGCGUGGCAAGCGCUGUACGAAAUAGAUAAGGUCUAUACGAAGUUUUUUGUGUUCAAAUUACUUAAAAUGUUAAUAAAUUGUUUUAUACAUAUAUGAUAUAAUUUAUAUGAGAUUGUUUGGUUCGCUAGAUUAAAUAAUUAUCUAUCUUACCCGUCUUCUUGAUAUAUAAAUAAUGAGGAACAAUCUUAAAAACGGUUCUUAUGUUGUCAUAUAAUUUUAUAUGCGUUUUAUUUUCGAGCAAAUGCUUAAACUUUUUAUAAUUUAUCUCUUUAGCCUUAUUACGGUUAUUGUUUCGAUGUCUAUUUUGUUUCUAUAUUUUAAACAUCUCUUUUAUUACGCAAUACUAUGAGAUUGUACUAUUUUUAUUAUAAAUUGUUUCAGCUAUAUCUUAGUGGAUCUAUGAUAUUCUAUUAUAUUAAAUCGCUGGAAAAAUUUGCAUCUUAAUCAUUGACAUGUAAACACCCAUAAUGCAUAGUCACAUACAAAAGUAACUUAAGUUAUAUAUAUAACCGUACGCGAAUUGUUUAAAAAUUGUUCUGUACAGCUGCGAGAUGACCAUUUCCCUUAACGCACCUUUCCCACUCCAUUCCUUUGUUCCAGUCGUUGAUAAUUUCCUUAUCCCUUUCCCCUUAAAUACGGGAAGCGAAUUCGCAGCGGUCCUACCUCCGGUAAAUGUUCAUGUACGGUAGUCAAAAGCUGUAUGAUUUGAGCGCACAAUUUAGAAUAUUGCGCUCAUUUUAUACAGACUUGUUUUAAAAUGUUGAAUGUGCAUCUUGAGUCUUUUUAUAUAUGUCUAUGAUCUGAAUCGGAAUUAUGUGCCAUGAUAUAUCCCAAUACAGAAUUCAUGAAAUCAAUUCAUUUAACGGUUCAUCGACAUAAUACCCGCGUAUGUCAUAAAUAUAUUAUGUUAUCAAUUUUCGAUGAUUAAAUGCACAAUCGAAUUACGUACUAGAUAUAUUAUAUAGUAUAAUAUAAUAGUUUUAAGUUUUGGCAUAAUUCUAAUAUUCGGUUAUUAAGUGUUUUGCACCAUUAGUUAUUCACAAAUUUACGAUAAAUUUUUGUGAAGAUAUAAGAACAUAUAAGAUCUAUGUUGAGAGUUUAUUUUUUUUACCCUAGACGGCUGUGCAAUUUUUUUUAAUAUAUUUUAUUUAUAUGAAAGUUACAUUAUCACCAAACCGAAUUGUUUAUUGCAUUCAAAUUAAUGUUACUUAUGUGUACAAUAAUAUAUUCCUUAUGUUCGUGUUUAUGUUAAUUUGUAAAUUAAUAAAUGAUUUAUUUUUGAAAUACAUUGCUGCAUAUUGUACAGAAAACAUAUAUUUUUGUUUAAUAUUAAGUAGAUAGUACUUUUGCUAAGCUUAUUACAUAUUAUGUAGAUGUAUUCUUAUUUUGUCAAGAGGAUAUUAUUUUUAUAAUACUAAUAAUAUGACAUCGCGUGCAAUCGUGUUACAAUAUCGUCUACUUUUCGUUUUAUUAAAGAGAAAAUUUACGUUAAACCUUAAAUAUGAAAGUUUAAUUUGCUAAAUUAUGCAAUUUGUUUGAUAAUCUUAAUGUUUAUUAUUGUUGUUGUUUUAUCUGGUUAUUGUUAUACAGAUUGUAUUUAUUUUUAGUUUGUUUUCACAAUUAUGACGACAGAUAUAUGUACCAAAGUGUAGAUUUAUCCGAAAACUACUAACGAUGUGUUCUUUUUCUUCUUGAUUUCUUACAUUUUAUUACACUUAAAUGUAAUUCGUAUGCAGUGCUAGCAAUCUUUUUGUCACAAUUUGACGAAUAUUUAUAUCUGUUUUAUAAAAUAACACUUAGGUAAUUGGACGUGAGCACUCAUGUGCUUCUUCUUUCAUCCAUUUUCAAUGAUAUUAAAUGAAUACGGAAUUCAGAGGAAAUUGUAGAAAGUUCCAUAUCUGUUUUAAGAUUUGCAGCAGCCAAAUAUGUCAGAUACGUUUUCAUGAAAAACACGACUACAUAUUUCUUUUAUAAAUAUAGAUACUAUUGAAUAAUUAACAAAAAUUAUUAUUUAGUUAGUCUUAUACAGUGGCAGGGCGUCUUUGCUUCCUUGUUAUCUCCCAGAUUGUUCUGAAAGGUAAGAUCGAGACGCAUAUAUCUUGUCUCUCUCUUGACGCAUAAAUCAUUUGAUGUUUGUCGAGUGUCGAAAAGAGACAGCGCUACAAGAAGAUCUACCAUCGAAUAGAUCUCACCUAAUGAGUAGAGUCUAUAUUAUGUGUAAGAUUACGACCAUUUCUUCAUAAUCACGCACCUUCUUGUCUGUUUUAAUAUUUUACGAUAGUUUAGGAUUAGUUUAUAAUUGUAGCAUGUCGAUGUCAUAAACAUAAGAUAUAUUUCUUACUUAAGUGAAACCCUGAUGUUUAUAUUGUAUCUCUGUCGGAGUAUACUUAAUUAUAUUAACGUACGUUCGUGUAAUUUAUAAGUGUAUGUUAAAAUAUGUAUACGAUAUAUUUUGAUAUUAAUGUAAUUAUAUAUUUGUUUACUCACUCAUUUGAUGAAUAUGAAAUAAUUUGAAAUGUCGCUAUCCAUUGAUUUAAUGUCAAUUUAGAUAUAUGAUGCGAGCGAUAGAUCUCGCGAUAUAAAAUGAAUAUUUAUUUAAACUAAGGGUGAUGGCGUUCGGAGGUGAUCAUCAUCAGUAUUUUAACAUUAAUUGAAUAAAUUGAAACGACUGAAUGCUAGGUUGUGAGGGUUUCAUUUGUGUAAGCUAGAUGUAGUUUAAAAUAAUGCCGUAGUGUUUAUGUCAUAAUCGUUUGUAAUGAAUGUGUUAAUUUUUGUACAGUGUCUUGGAAUCACUCUCUUUACUAUGAAAUCAUAACGAUAUUUGGAAAACAGGAAGAUUUAAUUGUUAUUUAUAUUCAAAUUACAAAAUAGCAUGCAUAAAAAUAUGGUACAACAUUUCUGUCAUUGAUUCAAAUUGAAUAUACACACAAUUUAUUUUGUCCCUCAUCUACCUAGAGAUUUAAUUAUUGCUUAAGAAAACAUGGUAUUCAUUAAUUCAUUAAUUUAAUUCCACUCCUUUCAACCAGGCACUGUGCAAUAAGUAGUUACUAUUUCAUGUGCAUGAAGAUGCAUAUCAGGAAUCGGUGUUGUAGAAAAUAUUUGAUGUAUAAAUAACACUUCUAUCGAUACUUAAACCACUUGCAUAGUGUUUUGUUAUUACUGGUUUCUAUAUUAUUCUAUUCUUUUAUAAAAUAAAUGUAUUGGUUGUUUGAGUUUAUUCAAUCGUAUAGGUAUACAAAAGAAUUUUUGAUUGUACGUACAGUUUAUUUCAUAUCCCAGUUGUUGCCUGUGAAGAUUUUUUUUAUAUCUGACCCCGUUGUAUCUAUCGCUUAGUAAUAUUUUAGUCUCGUUUAGUGAUACGUUAGUAUGUUCGUAUACAGUUCGAUUAUUUUUAUACUAUAUAUAUUUUAAUAUAAAAUACUAUUAAUUUUAAUGGUGCAGAUUUAUCAGAAUUAAUUUUAUAUGAUUUAAAUGUAUAUUACAUAAGUUAUCGUUCAACUUGCCAUAAUCUAACGAUUUUGUUAAGUGAAGUUAUGCCAAAUAGGUGACCAUUGAUAUUAUAAUUGUAUUAUGGUUAUGUUGUAUAUAUAGGUUUCGAUAUUUUUUCGUGUCUUACUAGAUAAAGAAAUAGUAUCAGCGAGACAGGUUAGGGUCUAUUCGUAUUAAAGAAUUUAGUUAUAUACUGCGCUCGAUGCGUAACCUGACUCUCUAAUAAAGAUAGACCCUAAAUGUCCACUUAAUUUGUUAGAAUGUCAUUCUCAAUGUAAUCGUUCAUAAGUAUAAGGAACCGGCCUCCCUUUUUUUUUGAUUCGAUGCCAAGUCUUACUGAUCCGGUUUCUAUAAACUUCUAUCGAAAAUUAACCGAUUCGCAAAAGACAUAGUUUUCAGAAAACUUUGGUAAAUAAGUGAGAAUCAAGCAUAGAAAUCGGGAACUGAUACAACCUAAGUUACCAGCAAAGUUGUUUUGAACUUGUCGGUUAACAAUUGUAAAUUAGCAUUUUUGCUGUAGGUACAGUAUAUGUUUCAUGAUUUAUUAGAAAGUGUAUUAGGAGACUGCUUUACCUUGCUGCUACAUUAUUAUUCUCCUACAAACGGGGUUUUGUGUCAGGUUUCUCGUGUGACUGUAAUGCUAUUUUAAAUUAUAUUUAUAAAUGUGACUAUUACGAUGUUUAGUAAAACAAUAGAGUAUUGUCUCAAUUACAACACGUGCCUCAGUAAGACUUGGUGUUCAUAGAAAACUGCUUAUCAACCAGGAUACAGGGUAAAACAGAAAUGGAGUAUGUAUAUAGCGUAUAAACUUCUUAUCUUGAUGUGAAAUGGAAAAAAA